GCAGAGGAUGCAGAGUACAUGAUCAUGCGCUGCCUCUCGCCCUCCCCGGCGCCCCCGCAGGCCCGGAGCAGCCCGGGAUCCAGAACGGCGGAUGCAGCGGGAGGCAGAGCCUGCGAGUGCCGGCCGGGCAGCGCCCUGAGCCCGCACGGAGGGAACAAAGUGCCGGGGGUUCCCCCGUCCCCCUCAGCCGACGGCUCCUACGAAGACGCCGAAGCCCCCGGCCCCGGCAGGACCGGCGGUGGCGACAGCGACAGCAGCCACUACGAGUCGUACGGAGAGGAKGAGGAGGAUGAUGAUGAKGAGGAGGAKGARGGGGUGACGGACCGSGCCCAUUACCUGCGCUGGCCAUCGGCCACCAGCGCCGAGGCCGAGCCCCCCGGGCGACCCGAGGCGCAGCUCUGCGGCUUCCUCUGGAGGAARCGCUGGCUCGGCCAGUGGGCGAAGCAGCUCUUCAUCGUCCGGGAGCACGUGCUGCUG